ACAUGGACCCCCGAGUUCCACCUCCUCCACGAAUUUGUCGCCCACGAGUGUUCCAUCUACCACAUGGCGCCUGGAGGGGGUGCCACUCAUUUUUUCACGUCUGCCGCUGACUGCACCAUUUCCCACUGGGUGGAGAAUGGCGAAUCCGUUGGAUAUAACCGUAUCGCUGUUUUGACCCCAAUGCUCGAACCGGCGUGGCGUCUAAGGUACGACGAAGCUACGCAGCUUCUCUAUUCCGGAGAUUCAACAGGACAAGUACGAAUGUGGGACAAUACCAACGAGCUGGUAGGAUGCCUUGGGACGGUGGAAGAAAUUUAUGACAUGGCCGUCCACGAUGGGGUGCUCUUUACUACGAGAAAUUUAGACGUAUACUUGACCACUUUACGAACUAAAGAUGACAACAAACGAAUAAAUUGGAGUAUCAAAAACACGAUUGAAGGUACGGGACCAUUGGUCAUUCAAGGCGACAAACUUUGUCUCGUUUCUCGCCGAGAUUUCAAAAUUUUGGUUCAUUGCUUGAAGACGACUGGAAAUCCCAGAUUGGCCGUGCUAGAAGGACACGAAGCCAUCAUUACAGCCAUGAUGGGACAUUUUUCAUCCAAUUCAAAUCUACUAUUUAGUGGGGGUUACGACGGGAAAGUGAUUUCGUGGAGUUUAUCCAGCUACGAAAAACUUGGAGAAGUCAAAUUGCACGGAUACAUAAAUUCACUAGCGAUCGAUGUUAAAAGUGGGGGUGUAUUUGCGGGGGGAGAGGAUCGUUUUUUAUGUGGGGUAAAAUUGGUUAAUAUCUUGUAAAGACUUAUUUUUAGAAGAAAUUCGUAUAAAUAAAUCCUAUUCGUUUUCUUAUUCGGUUAUUGGCUGCGUAGUUAUACUUUCUUGAACAAAGUGAACAAAGCACUUUUGGAAUGCACACCUGUUUUCUGCAAUCUCACCACGAGAAAACGAAAACGAAGCCACCAAAAAUAGAGAUGUGACUUUUUGGCGUCAAGUUUCUAACAAAAAUCCAAACUGACCUGACCUGGACCCUCAUUUCAUGUUCAACCUUGGACUUGUCAACACCUUGUAACUUCCUGAACUAUUUUGUUUACUUUUUCAACAUUUCUUGAAAUCUGAAUACAAUGGAAUCUUCAGAACUAGUGCAGUCUCCUGUUGAGGAAGAUAACAUCAAUUUCAACAAAGUCAAAACAAAUGUUAAGCCAUCGUGUUCGUCGUCGUCGUCGUCGUCGUCGACCCGGGUUCCACCCAGUUUGUCCGAACCUCGCGUCCUUGACAUUAACUAUCUAUUUGCUCUCGAAUUUCCGGGAGGGGUCCCUUUCGCAAAACUCUAUGAUCAUUUCCAUCGAGUCAUUGGAAAUCCGUCGCCUAGUUUGGAACGUCAAUCCAAAGAGGUGGGCUUCACUGGAUACAGCCGAGAUGCUUUCAAAGAAUUGCUUAGGAAGCAUACAGACAGAUUUUGGGUCACAAAAAGCCCAUGGGAUACAGAUAUUGUUUUUCCUGCUGGAUUUAAGGAAAGGUAUAUCGACACUGAAGAACUAUAUGGGCCAAUCUUGGACAGGAUGCGAGAUUACGUCGAGAAGCAAUGUUCCGCUCUUCGACCAGCCGACCUUUUUGACAGUGUGAGCAAGUUUGAUGACUGGAAAGACUGCAUCCUCCAAAACAAUGGAGGCCCCCUCAUGGAUCAGUUCGAUCAAAUACCGGAUAAAGCAAAAUUCAAGUUGAUGCAAGUUUGUUGGGAGGUUUUCCAGGCAGAGAUAAACAAAAACGCUAAAUCUCUGUGUGAUUACCUCGCCGCCCCCUUUUCGAGUUCCGGUUGUUUGGAGGACUCCCAGUCAAGUGGGGCUGAACCCGGUACUUCUAGUGAUCAGUUAAACGAUACUGCGGUCAGCUUUGUGGAGAAAAUGGUGACAACGGAGUUGAGAUUGCCAUUUUCACAGCUCCUGUACGCAAAAAUUCCAGAACUGUCGGAGGAAAUCAAGGCUGGGGAAAUGUGUAUUUGUGUGGCAGGAUUUGUGCAGAACCCUGCAAAAUUUUAUCUUCUUCCGAGAGUGGGGAGAGAAGAUGUGGCGAGACUCAUGGUGGACAUGAACAAGGAAUACGGAGUAUUAGAGGACCUCGAUUGCGACAUUCGCCCUUGGAUCGGUUAUUUGCGUCCCGGAUUUUACGUCGCGGUCAGGAGAUCACUCGAAUCUACGGAUUGGUAUCGAGGCAAAAUUUUGGAUAAGGAUUGUUAUCCGUUGUACACCGUAUUCCUUCUCGACUACGGCGAGGUGAUCAACGUUCCCUUAGAGUGCAUGCGGUACCUCCAUUUUCAGUACAUUUCCUUCCUUAAGGCCCCAGCCACUCGAUGUUCCUGCUUUUUGGGGAAAAAUUACCGAAACAAGAGAACUGCAAACGGAGCACGAUUUCGGUGGACGAACAAAGAAACGAAAUUAUUUAGGAGUUUAAUCGAUGGGAAGAAUCUGGCUAUCGAGCUAUUCAAAAAGAGGAUAAUUCGAGGACAGAUCUCACUAGACGUCCAAGUUCACAUUCUGGAUGAAAAUUGUGGCCGCGUCGUUCUGCAUCACGUGGAACGCGAAGUGUUAAAGCGGAGCAGGGGGGAGUACGUCUGCGGAAGCAGGGAGGGGACAGAAACUCGAACCACCGUCUGUCCAACCACUUUUAAAACCAUUAAUCCAAGUUAUUUUUCUUAAACGGGGGCCGGGAUAUUUUAUCAAUAUUUUCUCUUACUUUAUUUAUGACUAUGAAAGUAUUUUGUAACUUUAUUUCGUAUUUUUUUGCUUGUUACUUUAAAAUAUUUCGA